GUUGAAAGAACUAAUCAAUGCUUCGACUCUCUGAGACAACUAGAAUAUUGAAUUAUUACGACAGGGUUCCCAGACCAGUGGGGCACCGCUUCUCUCGCUGUGUCACAUGGUCCCGACAUCAGCCAGGCUCGGAAACUACAACCAAAUUUCACCCCCACAGUUCACUCUCAUGUUAUCUGAUUCUGAGCUCACUAUGCAACAGGUGUGUGCAGCGAUGCAGUUGAACAGGUUCUUGUUCCAAGGAAUAGAAAGAACAAGAAGGUAGUUUGAUCACAUCACAAUAGUUUGAUCACAGAACACUAGUACAUUUAUCAGACUGCAGUGCCUCAAUAGGACCGAUUCAACCAGGAAUGAAGGUGACUCAACUAGACUGUCUGUGUGUGACUCUUCUACAUCUCCUACACACAGCAGGCUCUGAGAGGUUUGAGGUUCUUGGUCCAACUGAUCCCAUUGUUGCUGUGGCUGGUGAUGACAUCAUUCUGCCCUGUUACCUCAAACCCAACAUCAGUGCUGAGGACAUGACAGUGGACUGGCUGAACCUGGACUCCAAAGACGGUCGUGUCUAUCGUUACCAAAACCACAGAAUCAUACGAGAUGAUCAGAUUCUCUUCUAUAGAGGAAGAACAUCACUGUUUAAAGAGGAACUGUGGAGGGGCAACACCUCUUUGAAACUGACCAGGGUACAAGGCACUGAUGAGGGACGUUACAGAUGCUUAAUUCAGUCAAAGAGCUGGUAUGAUGAUUUCACUAUUCAAGUCCUCGUUGAAGCUGUAGGAUCCAAGCCAGUGGUGUCCAUUGAGGGACACAGAGAAGGAGGGAUGGGUCUGCUGUGUGAAUCAGAAGGCUGGCACCCUGAGCCUGAGCUGGUGUGGCUGGACAGUAAAGGAGUCAAUCUCUCUGCUGGUCCUCCUGAGACACACAGAAACUUAAAGGGAUUCUACACAGUCAAACAACAUGUCAUUGUCCAGGAGACUGACACCAACCGCUUUACCUGCAGAGUCCAACAGAGCCGGAUCAAUGAGAAGAUGGAGACAGAGAUUCACCUCCCUAGUGAGUUAUUUGAUUACGCAACCCCAUUGAGAAUGGCCUUCAUUGUGCUAUGCUGUCUGGGAGCCGUCACUGUGAUUGGGUUAGCUCUGGCUAUCUACUGCAUACAUAAUAAGAAAGGUGUGAUAAUAGAUCAACUCAAACUGCAGCGGGAUGACCAAACAAAGGAGGGGGAUGUCAUCAAGAAGGAGAGAGAUGACCUCAAGAAGGAGAGAGGUAAGUCGUGUCUUCAGAUCGUCACUUUGCUAGAUUUAUUUAAACUAUGUUACGUUUUUGUUGAGCACAAAGUGGAAUCGGUAGUUGCAUCAUCCAUUUUUUUGUUAUAAAUUAAUUUUCUACCCCUUGAUUCUUGAAGAAUAUAACUUAUUAAUGA